CUCAAACAAAAACUUAUUCACUGUGAUUAAUUCAAAGACUUAUGAUUAAUUCAUGAAGUUAAUGGUUUUAUUACAUUCUCUUUGCAACAAUGUCAUAAUUGACUUAUUUAGUGACAUUUAUAGUAAUGAAUAAACAAACUUUCAUCAAAGUAACAGAAAAUAUAAAAUGUACAAUUAAAAAUUACAAUUAACUACGAGAAUUCACUUAUGGUUUUGUUAAUUUAUAUAAGUAGGUCCUCAGCUAUAGUUAUUAAAAUGUCUUCGAGAAAGGUGGAGGACGCUCAUGUGAGAAUGCUCGCACAACUCCUGGUGCAGUCAGGCCUGGACUGCGUCAAGACACCUCCAGCAUCGACCGAGUCCUCAUCUAUGACAGAAGAGUUUGAGGAGCAUGCUGAUGCAUUGGAAGAAGCUCAACUUGUUCCUGAAGGAGAAGAGGUAGAAGAAGAACAAGUACCAAUAAUCGUUGAAGAGUUGCAAGAGGAAAUGCCCGAGAUAUUUCCGACGCCGUCAUUACGGCGACUCAUACCAGAUAAAACUAGAAAACUUGAGGAGCAAAAUAGAAUCCACGUUUUACCAGAUGAAUUCAAAACUGACAUAGACCCUAGUGCAAUACCAAAGAUAUCUAAGACUGCUCCGAAGAAGUAUAUUGAUAUGCUCGCAGAUAUAGUCGGCUGUAAGGAGUACAAGAGUAGUCUGGCAGAGUUUUGGUUCUUAGACACCUUGGCCAAUUUGUUGAGGAGAGCGCAGGAAGAUAAGUUGGAUAGGCCGAUUCAAGCAGUCCUCAUAUUGUGGUUCUGCGAGUGGAUUAAGGAGAUACAGAACUUUGAUGCCGCAGACCGGGAGAGAAUGAUGAAGAGAUUUCAGGACAACAUGCUUUGCACAGCCAGAUUCAUAGGAGAACAGGAGCACAUACCGACUCCUGCGCAGGCAGGCGUUUACUACAAGGCGCCGGAAGAAACAUCAGGCGUCCAAGACACAAAGACCACAGCUACCGCCACCGCUGUGGAGUCCAAGCAUCUGGUCACCUUCGUAGGGACAGCUUACGAGUGCGUCUUGCGGGAUCUCACCAAGAUCAUACAUUACAUCUUCGACUUAUUUAGCACUGACUAUCAGUACGAGCUGGUCCGUUCGGUGUUCGCGUAUCCCCCAGACUACCUGCUGAUAGACACGCCAUACCAGAUCCAAAACCCGAAGCGGUUAUACGCCCCUCUCAAGGUCAAGCCGAAGAAGGAGAAAUCACCGAAGAGGGACCUCAAAUCGGCUAAGGGGAAGAAGAAGGAAGUCGAUACUGAGGAAUAUUUGGCGUUAUUGGAGCUCAUGCAGAGAGACGAGCGUGAGCAAGAGGAACGCGAGCUCCACGACAUGGAGUCAUGGAACCGGCGCGCACACAUCUUACCGCUACAGGCGGUUGCUACGUCCCAGCUGUUCGACAGGAUUUGGCCACCGCCGCCGCCCGAGCCAGUACCAGAACCAGAGUCCGAACCAAAGCCUAAGAAGGGCAAGAAUUUGUCCUCCAAGAAGUGAUGCGUAGGUGUACCAAGAAUUAUAUGACGUAUCUAAAUGCGUUUGAAUACAGAAUCACUCGCAAG